AUGCCUGCUAAAAUCUCAACUAUUACCUACAUACAUGAUUCUACAGAACGUCUGAUUCAAGAUUACAUGGUCAAAGAAAUCAUAACAGUUUCAAGAACUGAUGAUAAUGAUGUGACCAAGGUCAUUUAUCUUAAGGUGACAGGAACUUCCUCUUAUGCAGAAGAACAGAAGGUAGGGACUCUUAAAUUGUGGACAUUUGGGUUAAAGGACAAGGAAAUGUUUGGUAUGUGUUGUUGUAAAGAUAAAUUAAAUAAAGAUGUCAAAACAAAAUUAUAUGAAUAUGGAGUUAAUAAUAAUUUAGUAUCUUCAAAUACAUUAUUAUUCAAUUAUCCUAGUUUUAUUAAAUACUUAGAUAUAGAUAAAAUUUUAGUUUCUGUUCAAAUGUGGGUUGAUACUGUAGUGGGUAAAAACCAAAAGAAGCUAGUAAACUUAAUUAAUAGGUCAUUACUUGAAAUGUUUAUUGAAAAUGAAGGAACUUUACAUUCUUUUGAAGUGUACUGUUCUACGUAUUAUGAUAUUCAUUAUUUUGAUAAUACUUUAGACUUAAUUUUACAAAAUCCAAACCUUACAUAUAAUAUUGGAAAUUUAACAUUCCAUAUUUAUGAUUAUAAUACUCAAAAUAUUAUUACAUUGUUAAAAUUUUUAUAUUCUAAUUGCAAUUCAAUCUCAUCAAUGGUUUUAGAUUUUCCUAUAAAUGAUAUUGAUUGUCAUUCAUUAAUUGAAAAAUUGUUAUCACAACAAGGAAUUGCAUUAUUGCUUCCUAUACGGGUAUUUGUAUGCCAUAAUCUGAGGUCACUUGCACCGAUAGUGUCAAAAGAUUAUAUUUCUGAAUGGCUUUCCUAG